AGAGAAAUGGCAUUGCAUUUAUAAACUCUUUCGUCUUCUACGAUUAGCUGUUCUCCGCCACACCAAUCUCCAGAGAGAGGCGAAGCAAAAAUGGUUUCACUGAAGCUCCAAAAGCGGCUCGCCGCAUCGGUGAUGAAGUGCGGGAAGGGCAAAGUAUGGCUCGAUCCCAAUGAAAGUUCCGACAUCUCCAUGGCCAAUUCCCGCCAAAACAUCAGGAAGCUUGUGAAGGAUGGUUUUAUCAUCAGGAAACCAACCAAGAUCCACUCUCGUUCCAGAGCUCGCCGCAUGAAGAUUGCCAAAAUGAAGGGACGUCACUCUGGUUACGGUAAGAGAAAGGGUACCCGUGAAGCUAGAUUGCCAACAAAGGUACUGUGGAUGCGUAGGAUGCGUGUUCUGAGGCGUCUUCUGAAGAAGUACAGAGAGUCGAAGAAGAUUGAUAAGCACAUGUACCAUGACAUGUACAUGCGUGUUAAGGGUAAUGUCUUCAAGAACAAGCGUGUCCUGAUGGAGAGCAUCCACAAGUCCAAGGCUGAGAAAGCCAGAGAGAAGACUUUGUCUGACCAGUUUGAGGCUAAGAGGGCUAAGAACAAGGCCAGCCGAGAAAGAAAACAUGCAAGGAGAGAAGAGCGUCUAGCUAAGGGUCCCGGAGGAGAUGUUGCGCCUGUAACUGCACCACCAGCUGCUCCUGCGACUACUGGUCAAACUGCAGAGGUACCGAAGAAGAAGUCGAAGAAGUGAAGAGGAUAUAGUGAUCAAGCUAUAUAGACUUGACUUGAAGAAGGUUUUGAGUGUUUUAUGAAGUUGGGUUUGUUGAAAUACUUUAUUCUCGCAAAGAACAAAAACUUAUGUCGCUUAAUUUUUAUUUUUUGAGAUUUUUAGCUUAUCAGUGUUUCAAGAGACGUGCUUUGCAAAAACUUGUGCUUUUUUUUGUUACGUAUUGCUAUUCGUUCUCCACCUAA